CCACACCCCACUCCCUCCCUCGUUUCAUUCUCCUUCUUCAAGAAAGUAACGACAUCGGACGGUGGAUAUGAGUUGCAAUGGUUGCCGAGUCCUUCGAAAAGGUUGCAGCGAGAAUUGUGUACUGAGGUCUUGCCUGCACUGGAUUGACACCCCUGAAGCCCAAGCCAACGCAACCUUGUUUCUCGCCAAGUUUUUCGGCCGUAGCGAUCUCAUGUCUUUCGUCUCUAGCGUCCCUGAACCUCAUCGACCUGCUCUGUUCCAGUCUCUGUUGUUUGAGGCGUGCGGGAGGACGGUGAAUCCAGUUAACGGAGCCGUGGGGCUCUUGUGGAGCAGGAAUUGGCACGUUUGUCAGGCGGCAGUGGAGACCGUGUUGUCCGGUGGAGUUCUCCGGCCAAUUCAUGGGAUUUCGGGUGGUAGCUUCUUUGCGGAUGCAUGCGUGUAUCCACAAUCGGAUGAUCCGUUCCUUAUGCAGAACAAAGCGUUUGGUUUCAAUAAUCAGUACUCUGGAAUGUGUGAAGGAAGAUUAACAACAACGUCGUUUUACGCGGCGGAAGAAUCAGAGAUCAUCAUGACGAGCUUUAACAGCGGAAGUAGCGAGAAGAUGCGACGAGAUGAAGAAGAGAGGAAACUUUUGAAUCUGUUCAUUUGAGAGAUUGACAGCGUCGGUGAGUAUAAUUGUUGUAUUAGAAGAAAUAACCAAAAA